AUGCUUAUUGAGUGUGCACAGAACACCAGGGAAUAUAAAGCUCCUGCUCUGCUGGAGCAUGUCUUCGAUGACCUCAGUGGCUCAGUGUCCUUGUCCUGGGUUGGAGACAGCACUGGGGUCAUUCUCGUCCUGACUACUUUCCAAGUGCCACUGGUAAUUGUGAGUUUUGGACAGUCCAAGUUAUAUCGAAGUGAGGAUUAUGGGAAGAACUUUAAGGAUAUUACAAAUCUCAUCAAUAACACCUUCAUUCGGACAGAGUUUGGCAUGGCUAUUGGUCCUGAGAACUCUGGAAAGGUGAUAUUAACAGCAGAGGUGUCUGGGGGAAGCCGAGGAGGAAGAGUGUUCAGGUCAUCAGACUUUGCCAAGAACUUUGUGCAGACAGAUCUCCCCUUUCAUCCUCUGACUCAGAUGAUGUACAGCCCUCAGAAUUCCGACUACCUGUUAGCUCUCAGCACUGAAAAUGGCCUGUGGGUGUCCAAGAAUUUUGGGGAAAAAUGGGAAGAAAUCCACAAAGCAGUAUGUUUGGCCAAAUGGGGACCAAACAACAUCAUCUUCUUCACCACCCAUGUGAAUGGCUCCUGCAAAGCUGAUCUUGGUGCCCUGGAAUUAUGGAGAACAUCCGACUUAGGGAAAACCUUCAAAACCAUUGGCGUCAAAAUCUACUCAUUUGGUCUUGGGGGCCGUUUCCUUUUUGCCUCUGUGAUGGCUGAUAAGGAUACAACAAGAAGGAUCCAUGUGUCAACAGACCAAGGGGACACAUGGAGCAUGGCACAGCUUCCUUCUGUGGGGCAGGAACAAUUCUAUUCUAUUCUGGCAGCCAAUGAGGACAUGGUAUUCAUGCAUGUAGAUGAACCUGGAGAUACCGGGUUUGGCACAAUCUUUACCUCUGAUGACCGAGGCAUUGUCUACUCCAAGUCUCUGGACAGACAUCUCUAUACCACCACAGGCGGGGAGACCGACUUUACCAACGUGACCUCCCUCCGCGGGGUCUAUAUAACAAGCACGCUCUCAGAAGAUAACUCCAUUCAGAGCAUGAUCACUUUUGACCAGGGAGGACGGUGGGAGCACCUGCAGAAGCCGGAGAACAGCAAGUGUGAUGCUACUGCAAAGAACAAGAAUGAGUGCAGCCUUCACAUCCAUGCUUCUUAUAGCAUCUCCCAGAAGCUAAACGUCCCGAUGGCCCCACUCUCUGAGCCUAAUGCCGUGGGCAUUGUGAUCGCUCAUGGUAGUGUGGGAGAUGCCAUCUCGGUGAUGGUCCCAGAUGUGUACAUCUCAGAUGAUGGCGGUUACUCCUGGGCAAAGAUGCUGGAAGGACCACACUACUAUACCAUCUUGGAUUCUGGAGGCAUCAUCGUGGCCAUUGAGCACAGCAACCGUCCUAUCAAUGUGAUUAAGUUCUCCACAGAUGAAGGCCAAUGCUGGCAGAGCUAUGUGUUCACUCAGGAGCCCAUCUACUUCACCGGGCUUGCUUCCGAGCCUGGAGCCAGGUCCAUGAACAUCAGCAUCUGGGGCUUCACAGAGUCUUUCAUUACUCGCCAGUGGGUCUCCUACACAAUUGAUUUCAAAGACAUCCUUGAGCGGAAUUGUGAAGAGGAUGACUAUACCACAUGGCUGGCACAUUCCACAGACCCUGGAGAUUACAAAGAUGGCUGCAUUUUGGGCUAUAAAGAACAGUUCCUACGGCUACGGAAGUCAUCCGUCUGUCAGAAUGGUCGAGACUAUGUUGUGGCCAAGCAGCCAUCCGUCUGUCCGUGCUCCCUGGAGGACUUUCUCUGUGACUUUGGCUACUUCCGUCCAGAGAACGCCUCGGAGUGUGUGGAGCAGCCAGAACUGAAGGGGCAUGAGUUAGAGUUCUGUCUGUACGGCAAGGAGGAGCACCUGACAACAAAUGGGUACCGGAAAAUCCCAGGAGACAGAUGCCAAGGAGGGAUGAAUCCAACCCGAGAAGUAAAAGACUUGAAAAAGAAAUGCACAAGCAACUUCUUGAACCCCAAGAAGCAGGACUCCCGCCCACAGGGACACAGCUUGUCCCAGAAUCCAGCUCCGCCUCCUCUUGGAUACACUGAAAACACACACUUCCUAUCUCCUACCCAGAAGCAGAAUUCCAAGUCAAAUUCUGUCCCUAUUAUCCUGGCCAUCGUGGGGCUGAUGCUUGUCACAGUUGUAGCAGGAGUCCUCAUUGUGAAGAAAUAUGUCUGUGGUGGAAGGUUCCUGGUGCACCGAUACUCUGUGCUACAGCAGCACGCAGAGGCUGACGGAGUGGAGGCUUUGGAUACGGCCUCCCACGCUAAAAGCGGUUAUCACGAUGAUUCAGAUGAGGACCUCCUGGAAUAGCUCUUCAGAGGAGCUGGGACUGAGUGUGCACGGAGCCUCAGUACCUCCUACACUCCCUGAGGCUCUGACUUGGGGAAAUAAAUUUCCCACUGCGUCGGCCCCAGCUCUGUUUCUGCCGCUUCCAUCCAAGCCCAAAGGACCUACACUAAAGAAAGCAGGGUGGGGUGGGGGACCCCAUCUGAUCUCACAGUUGGCUCUGAGAAGAGGGGGGAAAUUUUAAAUUCUUUAACAUUUUUGUUUCAAUUUCUGUCUUUUGUAAAAGUGCGGGCUUUAGGCUUCUCUUGGUUUGUUUUGUGUGUUAAGGGACAUGACUUGGGAUUCAAAGGGAUUGCUUCACUGACCCCCGCUCUUGUGUGUUCCACCUGGUGCCUGCCCCAGGGCAUCUGCCAACUCCACCAUCAACUCAACUCCCACAGCAUGGCUGGUGCUGUCCCUGGGCUCUGCUAGUCAUGCGAAGCAGCCUCAGAGAAGGAAACAGAGGGGCAGCGACUGGCACUGCCUGGCCGGCUUUUCUGCAUCCAUGGACAGCAGCGACUGGCACUGCCUGGCCAGCUUUUCUGCAUCCAUGGACAGCAGCGACUGGCACUGCCUGGCCGGCUUUUCUGCAUCCAUGGACAGCCUUGUUCAAAGAGGAACGUGCAUUGGUCCUACUUCCUCAUCCAUGACUAUAGGGCACAGUGACUUUUCCUUUCCUGUUUAAUUAGGCAAUACCCUUGCUAAUUGCCCUUUGGCAACUAACUUAAUCAUGUGCUUCCAACACACUAAAUGGGGGAAACUUACAGGGCACUAUUUUUACUUGUGGCAAGAAGGAGGGCGCAUCAGAAAAUUGACUAGCUCUAAGACCUAUUAAAGACAAAACUGCUUCUGCGCUCUUUCAAACUGUGCUUUGUGGUGUGCCAGGGGCUCUGCUUGAGGCUUGGCCUCAAAGCCUGCCCAGGCGCCACCAUCCCUUACCUGGAGUUCAUUGUUCAGUGCACAAUGCAGCCGCAGGACUGACAGUCCUAGGCUUCCAUUUUUUCCAUCACCCUUUGUAAAGGCUCAGUGUUGAACGUGGCUGCUUAUUGCCUCCUCCGAAGUUGCUACUGUUCAUAGAACUGGAACUAGGAAUGUUUUCAGGUUGAUGGACUUUUUCAAACUCAAAGUUAUGUUACCAGCCUAUCCUCACCCUUCCCCUAGUUUUGCUGAGGUAUUUGUUGUCCAGAACCCUUUGGCUCACCCCACUGAAGGCACAUUCUAGAUGAUGCUGUGUGUGCUUGAUACAUUGCUUUCAUGUUUUAAAUUUAAGGAAAAUUUCUAUCUGAUAUGUUUCCAAAUUAAAUAAGUUCUAGAAUGUGAUUGGCAGAUGUGGGGGCAGCCAUCUGGUAGUGGAAAGCUGUAGUGAUUCAUUUGAAUACAGCUUAGAUGUUAACUGGACAGGAAGAUGGUAUGGUAGGGUAGGUCUCUGGUCUCCCCAUGCCUGCUGUGCUGAUCACAGUCCCUCCCAAUUACCACUAGGACAUCCUUUAGGAGAUCCAUUUUGCUGUCACUUCAUUCUGUGGCUAGAAAGUCAGUGGAAAGUAAAUGUGCCAAACUAACUUUUGUCAGAAUGCAUGAGCAGAUGGCUGAGUCCUCUCCUCCCCAGAGGAACAAACAGCAUCAGGGAAAGAGGGGGAGGAAGAGGAGGGAGAGCCAGAGAGAUGCUGACUUGCAGCUAAAUGAUUCAUGGAAUAUCAGUUAGAAAAUGAAGUUAGGUCGUUUCUGGGAAGAGACUAUCUGUUAGAGCCAGAAUACUCUAGUCUUUUAGCUUGUUCAUUUUGUAAUGAUUCUAAAAUAAUUCCAAAGAUACAGCAGCUCAUAACUUAUCAAAAUUCUGUCCACCCUCACCUCCUGCCAAAAGGGAGAGAUCUAUUUCCACUACACACUCUCUCUCCCAGCAUAUUCCCAGGUUGGUGUGGGUAGAUGGACCAAUGUAUAGUGAUCUUCCCAGUGUCUGGAUGGACGUAACACUCAUCCCUAACCAUCAAAGACUAGGGUGCUCUGCAUCUGAUGGUUUCUGGGAUCUCUGUAGAACUUGGCAGUUUCUGGAUCAGUUCUCUUUUGAGCACCACACUAGUCUUGCCGUAGACAGAGCUCAGGAGCCAAAGUUGAGUCAGCCGCCCAGGGUCUUCAGAGCUCUGAACCGUAGUUAUGCAAGCCCCUGGGGCCUUGCAGCAGAGUGUCUCAUGGGCGACUUGCUGGGACCGAGGACCAUUUCCUGCAGAACCAUUAUUCUGACACCUUUUUGUUUUCUUUUUGGAAAACAAAAUUUUAUUCCCCUGCUUCAUGGCUGAAAUAAAAAGUGAUGGUAAUGAGGGGCAUCCCUUCUCCCUUGGCUAGUCACUGUUGUGGAGCACAGGACCGGUCUCUGGAUGAGCCCUCUCUGCCCCUUUGCUUCUAUCUCAAGCUUGCUGGCUCUGUUGGCUUGGGUUCUGCUCCUACAAUGGCUCUCAGAAGCAUUCACAUGUACAAACGUGCAAUCCCAGCCAGCAGUUUAAACUCUUUAAGCUGUUGUUUGGUUUGGUUUGGUUUAAAAAAAAAAAAAAAGUCUGCUUUGCUUGGUCCUGCACAGCCUUGGAGUGUCACCAGCAUCACUGGAGAGCAUUGUAGUGGCAGAUGGGGUUGAUUCUAGAGACUUGGGCAGUAGCAUUUAACAUUGUUAGGUGGCUCAGACAUAUCAGAGAAUCCAUAAUGGCCUGAGUUUUAAAUCCAAAACUUUUUUUUUUUGCCAUGGCUGAGUGUGCCUGUCCUGUGAUUGAAUGGAACACUGCUUUGAGGCCCUGGAGAGUGACAGCAACUGCAGGGUGGGCUAAGGAGCUGUCAGUCUUGACAACUGAGCCUUGGACCCCGCGGCCUGUGAGUCUACAUUCUGGCGGGCAGUCCCGUGCUCUAGGCCUUACCUCUAAUCCCCUAGCCCUUCCUCUCUGGCAGUGUAGUACUAUAGGCCAACCUCAGCUCCUUUAUUGGUCGGGCCUAUAAACCAUGGCUGGAUAUAACUAUACUGAACUGUCCUGUCAUCAGGAUACUAGAUGCUGAGAGGGGUGCAGGGCCAUUCCAAUAAGCCCCAGAAUGAAAGGGCUGGCAUGAUGUCUCUCAUUUUAUUGUUCUGCAGGUAAACCAUAUAGGCAGAGAGUCCUCCAGUCCUCUGAAGAGCCCCACCACUAUGCACACUGGCAAAGGGCUCACCCACUUGUCAGUAUGGCCCUCUCAAUUCCAUAUUCAGCAGGGAUGCAUCAGAUUGCUAACGUAGGGCGGGGCACACCUCCAUUUUCUAUCACCUUCCUACCAGAGGGGAAACUAACAUGAACUUUAAUGUCUUUUGGAACAAAACCAAAGUUUAAGAUUUGCCAUAUGAUGAUGUAGGGAAGCCCUGAGUCGGCAAGCAGGUGCCAGAUUUUCUGUCCCACUGGCCAGUGCUUCACCAGGCGCAGGCUGCUAUGGGCUUGUUGAAACCACGGGUGCAGGUGGGGUUUCUUGGUUCCAUGUGUUAUAACAGUAAGAAUUGGAGCAUUAACUUGAAAUUGUCUUCAAGGACUUGCUAUGUGCACUUUUUCACACCGGUACAUUCUCUGCAUCUGUUUAUAUGAAAUAACACAAGCUAAUCUGUACCUUUAUAUAUAUGUGUGUGUGUACAUAUAUACAUGUAUAAACUGUAUAGUGUACAUGUUAAUGAUUUAUCAGUAUGCCCGAAUUUCUAGUGCAGUUCUCAUCCUCCGCAUGCCCUCAGCUGUGGUCAGGGGACUUCCUUUCCCCUGGCGGCUCGGCUGAGUCCCUGUGUUUGAGCCUCCAGGGAAAAGGGUUUGGGCUGCAUUCUCCUUACCCCCAUGCACAGAAACGCUCAGGGUCCCCCACGUGCCUGUUGUCUUCCCCUCUUGUCUUUUGUUCCCUUUCUGAGCAUGUGGCCCCUCCCCCGGCUGUGAGGGGCAGCUGCCUUCCUGGGACAGUGUGAAGCAGGAUUAAGACCACCACUGCAUGUGUACUGAAAACUCCAGACUUCUGCCCACUUGGGACGGAACAUUGCAUGUGAGGUGGGAUUAUCAAGUUUCAAAGACCUGUGUCAAUUAUACAGCAAAGCCAGACCCCAUAAUGACAUCCCACAAAAUGGAAAUAAAACGCAAAAUCUCUUUAGCAUUGUGUAAAUAAAUCAGGAUGUGUUUAACUUUGUACUGUUAAUUUUCUGUAUAUUUGCAAUAUUUGGGUUAGAAAUAAAAACAGCUUGGACUUUGGCACCUAACCUAC